AUGAUUCUCAAACCCACAGCAUUUUUAAUAGCUUUACAAACAGUUAUAGCGGUACCAUUGGCGUAUCCACAAAGUUUUCAGUUCGAUCUUGUCUUGAAAGACUUGUACUACAUCCAAGAUUUAUAUCUAGGCACGCCACCUCAAAAACUAGAAAAUACAAUCUUGGAUACUGGAUCAACCGAUUUGGUUUUGCUUACUCCUUAUUUCAAACCCAAUGAUUCAUCUACUUUUCACAACACAACUAAUGAGUUUGAAGGAGUAUACGGAACAAUCGCCCCCUUUAUUAUGUACCAAGCAUCAGAUAUCUUAUCGUCACCAAAUGGGUUUUUAGUUAACAACGAGACAUUUGGUGUUUCCAACAUUUCCUCUAAUGAUUUUGAUGGUCAUUACGGUAUAUGUGGUGUAGGAUUCACAGCUACCGAGUUUAUUCAGCCAGAGUACAAGAGUUUUCCUUAUCUCCUUAAGGAACAAGGUCGUAUUGAAAGAGUUUUGUUUUCCAUUGAUGGUAAGCCUCAAAAUGGUUCAAUAAUAUUUGGUGGCAUUCAUAGUGGAAUAUUCCAAGGAUCAUUAACAAAAGUUCCCAUGAUUGAAAGAAUUAGCUCCAAAACCGGUCAAAAAGCUGGAUAUUAUCUAGUGCCAAACUUUACAGUCAAUGAGAUUAAAUUAGGAGAUAUCGUCAUCUCCAAUGAAAACACAUUAUAUACCAUUGAUAGUGGAGCUAAUGUAUUUGCUCCACCUGAUCCAGUGUUGGCUAAUCUUUUUGUAGCAAUUGGAGCAGACUCAUUCAGUGACGAUGAUGAAGGGUACACUUAUUUCAACGUUGAACAGGUAAAUGGCAAACAAUUGAGUUUCGAUGUACAAGGUUUUGAGUUGAAGUUCCCCUUGAAAGAUUUGAUUCAAGAUACUAGGGAAGUAAAUGGCACUACAUAUGUUGGUAUUCCUCAAUUUACAGUUGAUAUCGGAGUCAAUGCUGAUACUGGUACUUUACCAAAUUUCCUACUACAAUAUUAUUAUACAGUUUGGGAUUACGAAAAUCAUCAGAUGUAUUUUGCAAAUUACAGCUCGAUUGAUCAAGGAUCGAAAGGUAAAAUUGGCGUUGCUUCGGGAACAGAUUUGCCUGUGCCGACACAAAAUCCACCUCAUCCAUUAGCUACUUAUUCUGUAGUCUACAAUCCAAGUUUAGAGACAACCUUGACUGCUUCACCUACUAGUGACGGAUAUAAAAAUAGUUCGAGUGUAACUGGUGCAGAACACACCACCUCGGUAACUGAAGCAGAACACACCACCUCGGUAACUGAAGCAGAACACACCACCUCGGUAACUUUAUCCAAAACAUUGACUUUAACUUCUAUAUAUUGGUCCGCCAGCAGCAGCUCCAGCUCCGCAACUACAAGAACUUCAAAACCUGGGAAAGAGUCACAAUAUGUAAAACCUGGGAAAGAGUCACAACAUGAAAAACCGUCGUUUGUAAUUUCUACAGUUACAGAGAUAGUUUAUGCUUGUCCUACAACAUAA